AUGAAUCUCAGUUGCCAUUGUCAUGAAUGUGGAGGCAAUAUUCGUAAGAAACUAUUGCUGAAAAAUGAAAACGAUGGCAACCCAAUCUAGAAGCCUAUAUAAAUAAAAUUACUUGAAUUGGAUAAAACUCCAAAAAACCAAGAAAACUUACUCAAAUCAAGUGGAACUGCAUCCAUGUACAUCUUAAAUGUAAUUUUAGCCAUUCAUCUACCAACAAUGUUAUUAAAUCGAAAUUCAAACCAAUGUCCUAAAUUUUAUAAAUGGUGUAUGUCAAAAGUGCAAUCUCUAAACUCAUGCAAUCUAAUAAUAUACAAUAGUAGUUAUUUCAAUCAUCUCCCAAUACUCUUACAGAUUUGACACCGAUGUAGAACACUCUGAAGACCCUAGAUCAAAAGGGACUGGAUAAUCAACUAUUUGGAUAGAGGAUUAAAACUGAACCAGUCCUUGGACAUUAACAAAUUGGAAUAAAAAGAAAAACCUUCUACUAUCCUCGAGUGUCUAAUAUUACUAGAUUGGGAGUUUCAAAUCCUUUGAAUUUUCAAGACAUCUUCGAUAAGAAGCUUUCAUUGAAACUAGUUGCCCCUCUUACUAGUAGAUACAGAUCUCCAGAAAACAAGAAAUAAAGAACUUUAUCCCAAAGAAUUCAGAACACUUAUUUCAAAAAUAUUGAUUAAAAAUUGAAAAACAGUACCAAGAAAUGA